CUAACCCUAUACCAGCAUACCACCUGUCCAGGGAGGAAGAUCUCCAUAGGCAUAUUGCCCCCAACCUCAUUCUUCAGGAGGACCACUCUAGAAGGCAAGUUGUUUAAGUUGAACCACUUGUUCAGGCAUGAAGUCUAUUGGCCAUUUUCUCUUUUUAUACUAACAUAAACUAGAGUAGGCUAAAAUGGGAUUUCUACAAAUACAGAGCAAGGCAACAUGAGGAGGGGUGCCAAUCCGCCAUCUUCCACUAACCGACCUCUCUUGCAUGCGUGUUGACAUAACAGUCUCUCUUUUUUGCUUUUUCACUUAUUUUUAAUCCCCAUUUCCUUUUUCCCUUUUCGGCUCCGAAAUAUUUCUUUUCUCUAAAGAAAAAGCCUUUUUAGUUUUUACCCUCCUAUUCAACUGAUAAAUCAAAAACCCAUGAUUUUGUUCAACUAUUUAAGACGAUAUUUGUCUUUAAAUCUGAUGUCCCAAUUCUAAACAACUCUCUCUCUCUCUCUCUCUCUCUCAAAUUCUGCAACUGUGAUCUCUCCCUCUCUCUCUCUCUCUCAAAUUCUGCAACUGUGAAUUUUGGAUGUAAGAUGGGAAAUUGUGUUGGUGGAGCUGCUGCAGACAAGCGCCAUAGAGUUCUGAGGAUUGUGAAGGUAGAUGGAAAGAUUUUGGAGCUCAAAUCACCAAUCACUGUAAACGACUUGUUAGAGAAUUUCUCUGGGUUUGGUGUUUUUGUAUCAGAAACAGCUUCCCAGAGUCUGCCUCCUGCUUGUGAGUUGAAGAUGGGAAAGAUAUACCAUCUUAGACCUUCUCCGAUUUCUAGCGGGAUCAUCAGUCCUACAAGCACUACACCUGCAGUUGAAACAGAGGAAACAGGGGGUGUGAAGAGGAUUAAAGUGGUGAUAACAAAGCAACAGCUUCAAGAGUUGCUGUCGAAACGGAUAUCGGUGGAAGACGUUUUAUCAGGGCUUGGUGUUAGUGAGAGGACAUCUUCUUGUAUUGAUUCUCAUUCAAAUUGCUGGAAGCCUAAGCUUGAACCUAUUCAAGAAGUGAGUGAGUAAUUUGGAGAUGUGUAGCUUUUGGCUUGUUGGUAAAGACCAAAAAUCUUAGCGGAACUUUAGCCUUGUUGUAGUUCUUUGCUCUUUUUUUUUUGAUAUAACCAUGCAUUCUCGACAGUUACAUGCAUUUCAGUUAAUCCUUGAUCAUAUAGCUAACGACGUACAAAUU